CGGCGUGGGCUGAUAGCUUCGAAUGUUCCAGUUCUGGGGCGCAGGACCUGGCAAACCCUCGGCUUCAAUUCGGCUGUGAGGCCUCUUUUUCCAUUCCCAUCUCUGCACUGUCGCAGCCCGCAACAAACGGUGUUGUAACAGUAGUGUAGUGCGUUCUCACGUAGGUCAGCUCACUCCGCACGACCUUAAACCUCCUCCUAGACAUCCGCAACAACAACCACCAACAAACGACGAGCAACCAUCGACCGUACACAAGAGAGCCUCCGAGUGCCAAGAACCACUCAAGAUGGUCAAGGAGACAAAGCUCUACAACCUACUGAACGUUAGCCCAGCCGCUACCCAAGAUGAGAUCAAGAAGGCAUACAGGAAAGCUGCCUUGAAAUGGCAUCCAGACAAGAAUCCUGGCGACAAUAAAGCAGCCGAGAAGUUCAAGGAGGUGUCACAAGCUUUCGAGAUCCUGAGUGACCCAGAGAAGCGCAAGUUAUACGACCAGUUCGGCCUCGAGUUUGUACUCCGCGGCGGCGCCCCGCCACCGGAUGCCGGUGCCGGUGCCGGCGGCGCGCAUCCGUUUGCUGGCGCGGCCGGUGGCAUGCCCGACGGGUUCGCUUCUUUCUUCUCCGGGGCGGGCCCGGGCGGCGCGCGCACCUUCACGUCCCACUUCACCUUCACCGACCCCAACGAUCUCUUCCGGAACACCUUCCGCGACGCCGGCCUAGGGGGCGAUUUCUUCGAAGACAUUUUCGGUGGACCACGCCCAUCAGCCUCCUCGGCGGCUUCGGGCGCAUCUGGGGGUGAAAGGCGGCGCGCCCGAGAGUCGUUUGGCGAGAGCAUGCGGGGCGCACGUGCGACAACCCCGGAGGUGACGACCGUCGAGCGGCCGCUGCCGAUAUCCCUCGAGGACAUGUUCUCCGGCGUUACCAAGAAGAUGAAAAUCAAGCGCAAGAUGUUCGACGAGACAGGCAAGCGCAUCACCACGGAUACGGUCCUCGAAGUGCCCAUCAAGCCUGGUCUGAAGAAGGGCAGCAAGAUUCGCUUCAAGGGUGUGGGUGACCAAGAAGAGGGCGGACAGCAAGAUUUAGUGUUUAUUGUUGAGGAGAAACCACACCCUCUCUUCACCCGCGAUGGCGACGACAUCAUCCACACUGUCGAUCUCGACCUCAAAGAGGCCCUCACCGGCUGGAGGCGCACCGUCACGACUAUCGACGGCAAGAACCUCAACAUUGAAAAAGCCGGCCCGACACAGCCGGGUUCGUCGGACUCGUACCCGGGUCUCGGCAUGCCCAUCUCCAAGAAACCGGGGCAGCGCGGCAACUUCGUUGUCAAAUAUAACGUCAAAUUCCCCAUAACACUCAGUCCGACGCAGAAGGAGCAGCUGAGGGAAAUUCUUUAAGUGAGGACUUUCUGGAAAGUGGAGGGA